AUGGGUUAUAAGAAGAUCCACAUCAUCAGACACGCCGAAGCCGAGCAUAAUGUUGAGCAAGACUAUUACAGUUUCCCGGAUGCAGUGCUCACGCCAUAUGGAAAACAGCAAUGCUCGAUCCUCGACAAGUCGACCGAGAAGACGAUCCAACAGUCUGCCCAACUACUAGUGACCUCGCCACUGAGACGGACGUUGCAGACCAGUCUGAGCGGGCUGCCGAGUCUGAUCAGUCGGCUCGGCGGGCCCAGCUCGAUCAUCGCCCUGCCCGAGCUACAGGAGAACUCCUCCUCGCCUGCCGACACGGGCAGCUCCAGGGAGACCCUCGAGCGGAUCGAAGAGUUCGACGGGAUCGACUUUGGAAGACUGGCCAAACACUGGAACUCAAAGACCGGCUUCUGGUCCCCCGACCCCAAGUCCCUCAAAUCGAGGGCCGCUUGGACUCGCAAGUGGCUCGCCGAACGCCCCGAGGAUGAGAUCGUCGUCGUCUCGCAUGGCUCGGCUCUCAGAUUCCUCACCGAAGAAUAUGGCUCUCAUGGCCUGUGGAACAAUUGCGAAUGUAGAACCUACGCCUUAUUGCCUCCCUCCUCUGGGAAAAACUACAAACUCGUCCGGCUGCCCUCUUUCCCGCAAGAACAAAAACCCAUCAUCCCACAAUCGAGCUUAAUCACCACCUGCGACUCGAUCGAAAACCACUAG